UCUACCCAGCUCUGGCAUAAAAUGGCCAAUGACCAGGAAAAGGGCUCCCCUAAUCAUCCGGUUUUCAAAAAACUCACUUCCUCUCUUCUCCUCUUCCAUGGCUCAGUGACUGGGCGGUGAUGAUGCCUCUGCUCUCCGUACUGUAAGAUGAUUACGGUUGGUUGAAGCCAAAGAGUCUACUCAUACAUUAUCAAUUGGGAUUGCGGAAAGAAGGACGGUCGUCAAUUGAUCAUUCUCCAAUUUUUCGUCCUUGUCAAGGUUCAGAUAUGAGUGGAUGCUUUUAGAAUUUUUUGCUGGGUAGUUUUUUCUCGUGAGUUUCUUGGUAAAGUGAAGGUUUCUUUUGAUGAUAGAACCUAGAAGAAAGGAACUUUAGGAUUGUUGAGGUUGUGCUUUGAUGGCAGAUAUGAAUCUGAAGCGUCAGCGGCGGCCGAAUGUUCGGCUUGGCGAAAUCGGAGAAGUCUCUACUGCUGCGCUUUGUGGCACUUCGCAGAGGCAUACUGAUAAUUGGGAGGCAACAAAAUGGAAAACUAAGGCAGGAAGUUUGCAAGAGGUCGUAAGGCAGACUCCUUUCAGCUUCUCAAGGGACAUUGCUAGAUCUCACAAGUCAGCUUCUGCAAAUCGGGGCAGUUUGAUAAAUGGUGAAAUUCAGGUUGAUGUGCCAAUUGGUCCGGAAGGUAUGAAUGGUUUUGAGAAGGGAGUUGGAGGUAUUAAGAGUUUUGGCCAAGAGCACAGAAAGCGGAGUCUAGAACUUGGUCCGAUUGUGAAGAAGGUUAGGCAUACAAAAGUCCGAGGUCGGGGGUUCAGGGGAGGAGGACUGGGAGAUCGAGUUUGGAGGAGUGCACAGAUCGGAGUCAGUAUUGAUAAUGAAGUUAGAGAAUGUCAGGAAGAAGAUGGAGUGGGAGAUCAUGCUGCGACCAAUACUUCCUACGAUGCACAAGAACACUUUAAGGAUUCUGAUCUCGAAACUUUGGGAAGUCCACACUAUGCAAAGGAGCUUGGUGAUGCCGCGAAGGAUCCAUCUCCCGAUGCAGUGGUUGUUAACUUUGAACAAUCACUUAGCCCUCCCAUUGAUGACGAAUGGGUUGAGCCUCUAUCUGAUAGGCAGGGCCAAGCUGAUUCAGGGGACUAUCAUAUGGAAGAAAAUUCCAAAGAAAACAAUGGCAUGUCAUCUGAUGAUAUUAACUGCUUGGAAUUGCGAUCUGGUGAACCAUCUAGGUUGAAGAAUGAGGUCAAGGGCAAUUCAUGGGAUCAGAGAGCUGGACUUGUUGAAAAGAAGGCAAUACCUUUUUCUGCAAGAGUUAGUGGUGCUGUUGAUAGCGUUAGGGGAUGGUUGGACGAACUGGGGUUCGGCAAAUAUGCUCAUAUAUUUGAAAUUCAUGAGGUUGACAAUGAGGUAUUGCCAUUUCUAACGUUUGAAGACCUCAAAGAGAUGGGUAUUAAUGCUGUUGGGCCUCGCCGUAAGAUAUUCACUGCAAUUCAGAUGCUUAAGGAGGGGUAUUCUGCAUAGUAGGAACUCCAGAGUCCAGACUCCCUUGGCAUGGAAUGGACAUGUAAGCUUGCAUUUUGUCAGCUACUCGUGAAGGAGGAGAAGAUAAAACACUUAUACAGUAGUGUAAUCUAGAAUCCAUACAGCUUUCCCUUUUUAUUUUCUCACUUUUUUCCGACCACUCAGUCUCAGUAGCAGAUUAGUGCUUCAUCCAUUACCAGUACAGUAACCAAGAUGGAACAAUGUUAAGCUUUAUAGCACAUUAAAAUUUUGUUUAUUUAUGUUUUGUGAUAUAUAUGACAUGUUUUUUAUAACAAACAGCUACUUCCUCUGC